CCAGAAGUGGGCGCAGUACAAGGGACUUAGUCUCACCCCACUAGGAAUUAAAAAAAAAUACCUCCUUCAUUACACCGCGAGCUUCAUUUUUACACGACACAAUUUCUUUUGGAGAAACUAUCUGACAGAGUCACAGAAAUUCGAACGUUUUUUCUAUAUCUUGAAGAAUAUUCUUCUUACGUGCCAUUAGUGAUAACGUACAGUCUUUUCUGGUUUUGCGUGCUGCUUAGGUAAUUGUACACCUUCUUCAGAGCAGAGGAUGGCCGCUCGACAGGCGCAGUCUUUGUUGGAAUGGUGAAUAACAAAUGCAUAAUUUUAUGAUUUUCAGUGAUGCCUUAUUCAGAUUUGAAGCGAUCGAGCAUACUCGUAUGAGGAACGAAAUAUUUUUCUGUAAAAUUAUCCCCGGAAAAUAAAUAAGAAGUUGAGUUCUUAGAAGAUGAGAAUCAAAAUAAUCUUGUAUUAUUUCUGUCGUAAUAGAUGUGCAGUACUUCUUAUCGAGGAACACGCCUGACAUUUUAGACUUCUUGAUAAAUGUGGGAAAGUCUGACUAAGAUCUGUCGUAUUAUGAUGAAGCCACUGAUUGUGAUAUAAAUCAGUAAGUCGGCAAAAUAAAUUCAGAGGUGGAGCGGGAAAGAUAAAUUUCUGAUCAUAUGAAGUUGAGUGUUUAGAACAUGAGAAUCAAACUACAGCCCAUAUGAUUUCAACAAACAAUAAGCAGUAGCUGGAAAAUUUCCAGGGAAGUGUUUAAAGUUUCCGAAGUCUAGAAGAGUAACUAGCUUGAGUUGAUGAUUUCAGAGAAUGGACUGGUCAACUGGCGAUACAAAGUUUCGAUUAUUUUAUGGUACAGUCGGCAAUAAGUAGCUUUUCGAGCAUUAUUAACCACCGGGAUGCACUAUCUUAGCCGGAAAUUCUGAUUGUGAUUGGCUCUCACUUUUUGACGGAACCUUUUCACAACUUUCAUGCUUCUCUGUUAAAAGAGAAUCUUAGAUUCUUCAGCUUUUUUUAAACAGUGACUGAUUAGCUUCUUUUGGUUUGCAUGUUUACGAGAAUUCUUUGGCUUCCGAUAAUACCUGAUAAUACUUUCAAACAGAAACUGAAGUAAAAAUCUUGAAGAGUGUCACGACAUCCUUCUGCAGCACCACUAGUUUCGCUCUCCCAUUCUUGUGUGUACUCUUCAGUCGCUUCCCUUCUCUGGUCUGGGAGCACCAUCAAUAACUGACAUGCAUUGUCUCGUUCGGGUCACAUGCUAGUUUGAAACGUUCGAAAUAUCACGCACUUCCUUUUCCCUUCAAGCCAAUAUUAUCACAGGUAUCUUGUAAAUGCUCCUGUCUGAGAAACGGCUAGCUUAGGCCUCGAUGAACUGGUUUGCAAGUCUCUGAUGGACUGGAAGCUGGUAGGAGACGAUGUACUAUCCGAAUGAUUCUUCUUCCAGUAUGAGGAGUACCACCGAACCACGAUGGUAACAAAGUAACAUUUUUAUUUUAUUUUUCAGUGUUAGCUGGUCUAACAUGGUUAAAAUGAGCACUCUUUCACUCUGUGACACCGUGUAGUCUGAUGGAAGUUAAAUUUAUACAAUACUGUACAACGACACAUCCACAAGGGGCCGUACAGUCUAAUAUGUUUGGAUAUACCCAAUAGUAAUUAACACAAUUUUAUAACUCGUUGAAUGUUUAAAUAACUGGCCGCAAGACCAAAAACACUUGAUCCGCUGUAAGCAUUUCUAUUGGCAGGAAUGACUGUGCCUCGUAAACAAAAAAGUGGCUAAUGAAAAUCUCGAAAUGCGGUAGAUGAACGAAUCGAUUACAUUCACAAGGAUUGUGGCUACCUUCCGUACAUAUAUAUAACCAGUAGAGAAUAAUAGGCAAUCAACACUAAAGACAUCAAAAUGUCACAGGAUUCAAGUUCUGGGUCUGGGGUGCAUGAUACUCCAAGCCCAAGUCUCUUAAACAACCUUCGGCAGUUUCGGUUUCAGAAGAAAUCGACACACCAGAUAGAAACAAAUCGGUCAAAUGGCAUAAUCAAUAAUGGUACACCUAAAAAUCACAUGUCAGUGAUGUCAGACAGUCUGUCAGGUCCAGAGUCUAUAGUAGUUCACCGCAAGAAGCCAGUUGCACGCAUUCAGGAUAGUGAAGAGUCAGAAGGAGAAAAUGAAGCUGACAGUGUCCUGAAGGAGAAUAAUCUGAAGUUCCUUGAAGAUGCCUUCCCUUCAUUAGAUAAAAUGGUGCUGCAGGAUGCGCUGGUAUCUAGCAGUUGGAGUGUAGAAGCAGCAAUGGCGCUACUUUGUGAGGGUGAUUCAGUGGGAGACAAGAAGAAACGUCCUGCUGACGCUCGAUCGCGCAAGAAAGGAAAGCGGCGGCGGCGGCAGAUGGAUGACAUUGAAGAAGACAGAGAUGACGAUGAUGAUGAUAACCACAAUCCAUACGAGGAUGAAAGAGUUUUCGAUAGCGAUGACUCAGAUCAAGAUAUUUCAGAUGAUCUAACAGAGGAUAAGAAGGAAGUACUUGAAUUUUUGUCAACAGCUACAGUUGGAGAGUUGCGAGUUAUGCCACACUGUUCCCAAAAGAAAGCUGAGGCAAUCAUAGAACAAAGGCCUUUUACUGGGUGGAUAGACCUAGUAGAAAAAUUCCAGGAAGGAAAGUUCCUUGGAACAGAAUUGCUCAAUUCUGCUCAAGAUGUUCUGAGGGCUCGUCAAGUGGUACAAGCCUUAAUGAAGAAGUGUACCAAACUUGCAGCACAGAUGGAGCGUGCAAUAGCAGCUGGAGCCUCUAGUGUUAAGAAGCAACCAUCUCUGCUCUCACCAAGUCUUACACUUGCAGGGUACCAGAUGGUGGGACUCAACUGGCUCUUGGUUAUGCAUGGGCAGGGGCUGAAUGGCAUCCUAGCUGAUGAGAUGGGCCUUGGAAAGACAGUGCAAGUGAUAGCAUUCCUGGCACAUUUGAAGGAGACCGGCAUGCAGGGUGAUGGACCUCACCUUGUGGUGGUUCCAUCUUCCACACUUGAGAACUGGAGCAAUGAGUUUGCUAGAUGGUGCCCCUCAUUGCAAGUUGUAACUUACUAUGGCUCUCCAGAAGAUCGCAAGGCCAUGCGAAUUAGUUGGAUGAAGGAUGGCCUUGAAGGUGUUGACAUUAUACUUACAACGUACAGCAUAGUGAGUAGUUCACCAGAAGAACGGAAGAUGUUCCGUGUUCUACGUAUGCAGUAUGUUGUUCUAGAUGAAGCGCACAUGCUGAAAAAUAUGGCCACUCAGAGAUAUGACAAUCUUGCAAGGAUCAAUGCCGAGCAUCGUAUUCUGCUGACCGGCACACCGCUCCAAAACAAUCUCAUAGAACUAAUGUCACUAUUAAUAUUUGUCAUGCCACACAUGUUUGAGGGCAAGAAAGAUAUCCUGAAGAGCCUGUUUUCAAAAUGCCCGCGAGAUGGUACAAAAAACUCAAAAGAGGAUGAGUUACCUCGAUUUGAGCAAGAACAAGUAUCACAAGCUAGGAGAAUCAUGAAGCCUUUUGUUUUACGACGGUUGAAGAGUGAAGUGAUGAAAGAUCUGCCUACAAAAUCAGAUGUAACACUACUGUGUCCUCUUGAACCUAGCCAGCAGGAGAAGUAUGAUGACCUUAUUCAGACCUUCUCACAGCAGAGCACACAAAGGCUGGUGGGCACUAACGAUGCACUGAGUGGCAUAGCAAUGAUGAUGCAGCUUCGAAAAAUGGCAAACCACCCAGUGCUGUUGCGUUACUAUUUUAUGGAUGAACAGCUGGAAGACAUGGCCAAGCGAUUAGCUGCCGAUCAGACAUACAAAGAAACCAAUCCUGAUUAUAUUGUUCAGGAUCUAGCUGUAAUGUCAGACUAUCAAAUUCAUCAACUGAGUUCUGUCUAUAAGUGCCUGUCUGGCUACUCGCUGCCUGUUGAGAUUUUAGUUGAGUCUGGAAAGUUCCGGAAGCUUGAUGAAGUGCUACCAAAACUGAAGAGCGAGGGGCAUCGAGUGCUCAUCUUUAGUCAGUUUGUUAUCAUGUUAGAUGUGCUGCAGGAAUACCUGCAUAUUAGGGGAUAUCAUUACCUGCGACUUGAUGGCAGCACCCCUGUCACGUCAAGGCAAGAAUUAAUAGACGCUUACAAUGCAGAUGAGUCAAUUUUUGCAUUCCUGUUGUCAACUCGAGCUGGUGGUCUGGGGAUUAAUCUUACAGCAGCUGAUACAGUCAUUAUUCAUGAUGUAGACUUCAACCCUUAUAAUGACAAACAGGCUGAGGAUCGUUGUCAUCGCGUUGGACAGACAAGGAGUGUGGCAGUAAUGAGGUUACUAAGCGAAGGUACUAUUGAAGAAGGCAUCCACCAAGUAGCACAAGAAAAGCUUAAUUUGGAACGUGAAAUUAGCAAUCCAGAAGAAAAUGAACCUGCGGAAGCAAAGAAUGUUGUCCGUUUGUUGAAACAGGCCCUUGGCUUGGAUAAGGCUGUAUCCUCUCCACAGAAAACAUCAUGAAACUUGCUACAACUAGAAAAAAUUACAGCCUAAUUGCUGAAAACAUGUUCCAGGGAUGCAGCCACUAGUUGUGGUGCGUCAUACAUUUACACUUAGCCUUGAUACAGAAAGUAUUGUGACAAGACUUUCAUGACUGGUGCUCCUGUAUCCACCUCAUGCAUGAGUAUUCCAACGAAAUUGAAUGAUAGAGAUUAUUACGGUUUGAUCAUCAUAGACAGUAAGUUGAAUAAUGUUUGAUAAAGAAAUGGUGAUACAGCUAGACUGAUGGCCUCCUGUAAAUAAUACUCAAUGCCUUAUUAUUUGGAUAUUGAAGCUUGCUGUAUUUAUAUAAGCUGCUGAACUUCAGCAAGCUUGACGUGUUUGUUGUCAGCUUUUUUUACAGAAGAUACUGAUACCUGCAAAAGACCAAAAAAAAAUCACUGGACAAAAGAAAGCGGUGUAUUUUUAUUUAAUUAUAAGCCUCAGUAAGGAAAUGUUACUUGUAACAAUAACUGGCUGAGAGAAAGUGAUACUCAUUAUGUCAUGACUGUAAAGACUUCUGUGAUUUCAUGAUGAUGCAACAGACCCAGCUAUUUUUUUCUGUUGUCCAGUAUAUACAUAAAUAUAUUGGUAGAGGAAGAAAAGGUUGUUAGAAAUAGCUUUGUUACUGAACAUUUGAAGAUGAUUUUUUCAUAACUUUCUUCAGGAGUGAGUCACAUUUUUUACUGUUUCACAAUACAGUUUGAUUAUAUAAGUGGAAUGUUAUUACAGUCAUUACAGACACUGCAUGUAUGUUGAAAUAUUUAUAAUAAUAAAAAGAAUAAGAACUGUUUUAAA